AAACUUAGCAAAUUGUAACAGUGGAAAUGAAAAAAUUGAUGAUUUCAUUCAAGAAAAGCAAUUAAAAAUUGAUAACUAUGAUGAUAUAGUGUUUGAAUGGAUACCAUACAAUCAGCUUAAUGAAAUUAAAGAGUCAGGCAAAAAUGGUCUUAUAACAGUAUAUUCAGCAGUAUGGAAGGAUGGUCCAUUAUAUAAUAAUAGUAGUUAUACAAGACAUUCAAAUAGAAAAGUUGAAUUAAAAUGUUUACAUAAUUCACAAGAACCAAUUGAUACUUUAAUAAAUGAGGCUAAAAAAUAUCAAGUAAAACAUAAAGCAUUUCAAGUAUUAUAUGGAAUAUCUCAAAAUCCAGAUGCAGGAGAUUUUAUUUUAGUUCUCAACUGGACAAGUGGAAAUGAAAAAAUUGAUGAUUUUAUUCAAGAAAUGCGAUUAAAAAUUGAUAACUAUAAUGAUAUAGUGUUUGAAUGGAUACCAUAUGAUCAGUUUAAUGAAAUUAAAGAAUCAGGCAAAAAUGGUCUUAUAACAGUAUAUUCAGCAGUAUGGAAGAAUGGUCCAUUGUACAAAAAGAAUAUAUGGAGUAAUUAUACAAGAAAUUCAAAUAAAGAAGCUAAAAAAUAUCAAGUAAAGCAUAAAGCAUUUCAAGCAUUAUAUGGAAUAUCUCAAAAUCCAGAUACAGGAGAUUAUAUUUUAGUUCUUAUCUGGACAAGUGGAAAUGAAAAAAUUGAUGAUUUCAUUCAAGAAAGGCAAUUAAAAAUUGAUAACUAUGAUGAUAUAGUGCUUGAAUGGAUACCAUACAAUCAGUUUAAUGAAAUUAAAGAGACAGGCAAAAAUGGUCUUAUAACAGUAUAUUCAGCAAUAUGGAAGGAUGGUCCAUUAUACAAGAAGAAUUGGGAUAAAAAUUAUACUAGAGAUUCAAAUAAAGAAGUUGCUUUAAAAUGUUUACAUAAUUCACAAGAAUCCAUUGAUUCUUUAAUAAAUGAGGUAUGA